UGGAGCCCUAUGAUGCUGAAAUGAAUGCUCACUUACCUGCGCCUGUCAUGAGCCUUUAUGGCCAAGAUGCUCCCAUGACUGACAACGAGGUUAUUCCGGACCUUACUGGACCGAACAUAUCUCUCGGUGCCCCUCAGACGAUCUCAAGGACAUCUAGAGCGGCUGCGGCCUCAGCACGACCUUCGAGCGAUCUCGCAGCACUUGGACUUAGAUCUGCGACCAUUGGCAAUGGAACUUCUGCUAUGGCUCCCCAAGACUCAGCAAACGUCUCCUCUGCUCGACGCUUUCUCGCUGGGUUUCUGGCCCUCAUGGGCAAGAAACAUGUGACUGUCGCCCCCUCUUCCAGCCCCCCUGCUCCGUCGAACAUCAAUCCUCUGGUCCAACUAGGCGGUGAUACCUCCGCAUCGAUGGACAGUUCUCCUCUCGUCGUACCUGUGGAACUACUUGAUUCCGACACCCUAUGCCUUGCUGAGUCUGAACUGCAACCUGCCAUCAUGCAUCGCUACAUGGCAUCUGUUGCACUGCUGCAGAAACGGGUUCUUGUCCGUGGCUUAUUAUCUCACCAGUGCUGCAUCGACCUCAUCGAGCGCGAAGACCUCGGCGACGCCGAUCUCAUCCUGGAUGUCGAUACUGCCGUAACGUUUGCCUCACUGGCCGCUCUGCCCUCGCAGAUUGAUGCCAUGUUAGCAAGACUGACUCGACUCUCUUGGCGGUACUCGCAUACUCUAGUGGUCUUCGAAGCUUAUCCGACUCGCUUCAAGAAGCUACGACGAGACUUGAGCAUCGCUGAAGCAUGCCAGACGAAGAAGGCUGGCUCGGCAAUUCGGCUCGCGUUCGCCACUACAGUGGAAGAGGCCGCCUCGUAUGCGCGAUACUAUGGGGACGAUGCAGAGGCUCGGGAUACCACGCAAGGGGCGUUGUGGGGAGCUCGCGAGUGGCUAGACUUCGAUGAGCAAGAGGGCGAAUACGAUCUAGCAGGUGUAGAUGGGAUGAAUGCGUUCGCAGCGUCAAUCAUCCUGUCGCAGAUGAGACUCGACGAUUUCCUCGACACCGGUCCCGAGGAUAGAGUGCAGUACUUCGGCCCUUACGUGGGACACGACCGGCUUGUUCGCUUCAACGAGGAACUGCAAAUGCGCGCUCAAGCUGUAGAACUUACGUCUUCUUCUCCGAGUUCGCAUGAAGCCUCAAUGUCCAUAUAGCGAUGGACUGC